UGUUUACAUGUCACCAUGCCCGAAAUAUACCGCCUAUAAAUAUAAACGCAGGUUACAUCGGGGCAUAGUCACAUUCUGUAGACCAUAACAGCAACCAUGGCAGCUAAGUUCAUCGCUAUCCUUUCUCUGGCCGUAGCCGCCUCGGCCCUCCCCGUGGUGCCGGUCGCCAAAUACGCGUACGCUGAAGCAGAAGCACCAGCACAUUACGAGUUCCAGUACUCCGUCCAUGACAAUGAGAGCGGAGACGUGAAGCAGCAGCAGGAGUCCCGUGAGGGAGACGUCGUCCACGGAUCAUACUCGCUGGUGCAACCUGACGGAGUCCACCGCAUUGUAGAGUACAGCUCUGACGCACACAACGGUUUCAACGCCAACGUACGUUACGAAGGACAACCCAUCCAGGCCCCAGUCCCCGCUAAGGUCGCCUAUGCUGCUCCCGUCGCCAAGCUCGUCCACGCCGCCCCUGUCGCCAGAGUAGCGUACUCCGCCCCUAUCUCCUACGCCGCCCCCGUCGCUAAAGUAGCAUACGCUGCUCCCGUAGCUAAGGUAGCUUACUCUUCACCCGUCUCCUACGCUGCUCCCGUCGCAAAGGUUGCCUACUCUGCUCCUCUUGCCCAAGUUUCGUUCUCUUCUCCCGCCAUCUCCUACCAUCACUAAACCAAAACCUGUUGUUCGUUAAUUGUUGUAUUUAUUGAUGUCAUUGAAUAGUUACAAAUAAAUUAUUUGCUUAAGAUUUAAA